AUGUACUCAUCCGUCUUAAGCAUUGUUGCCCUGCUUGUAGCAGAGGCUGUUGGACAUGGCGCAGUCACGAGCUACGUCAUAGCAGGGAAGACCUACCCUGGAUAUCAAGGCUUCUCUCCUGCAAAUUCCAAAAAUGUUAUCCAGUGGCAAUGGCCCGACUACAACCCUGUCAUGUCGGUCACUGACGCCAAGCUCCGCUGCAACGGUGGCACUUCAGCAACUCUCAAUGCACAGGUACAGCCGGGUGACAGUAUUUCUGCUAUCUGGGGCCAGUGGACUCACAGUCAAGGCCCAAUUCUGGUCUGGAUGUACAAAUGCUCGGGUGCCUUUAGCUCCUGCGAUGGCUCUGGCCAGGGAUGGUUUAAGAUUGAUGAGGCAGGCUUCCACGGAGACGGCGUCAAGGUCUUUUUAGACACUGAAACUCCCUCUGGAUGGGACAUCGCCAAGUUGGUGGGCGGCAAUAAGCAGUGGACCAGCACGAUUCCGGCAGGGCUCGCCCCCGGCAAUUACCUCAUCCGUCAUGAACUGAUCGCCCUUCAUCAAGCAAAUACUCCGCAAUUUUAUGCCGAGUGUGCACAGCUCGAGGUCACUGGCUCGGGCACAGCCCAGCCAGAUGCUUCAUUCAAAGCCGCCAUUCCCGGUUACUGCAAGCAAAGUGAUCCUAACAUCAAGCCAAAUUGCUAUGGCACGGCUAUAGACGGAAUGCCAACUACGAAGUCGCCCAACAAAUUGGAUAUUUUCACCCUGACCACACUAGAACUAAAGAGCUACCCCGCCAUCGACGCGGCGUCCCCUGAGCAAUCGCAAGCAGGGCGCAAGGUACUCAUCACCGGGGGAUCCGCUGUCAUUGGGCGUGCCGCUGCCGAGGGCUUUGUUACCGCAGGGGCAGACACGGUUGUCAUCACCUCUCGGUCCGCAGAAAAGGCUACUCGGGUGGCUAAAGAGAUUGAAAGUUCAGGAAGUGGCCAGACUAAGGUAGUGGGAUAUCAGUACGAGAUCAAGGACAUCAACUCGGUAAAGGCAUUGUGGGAUAGUCUGGAACGUGAUGGGAUCCAGAUUGAUGUCCUAGUGCUGAACACGACAGAUUUGACUCCGGCUACUCCAGAGCGUAAGUACCGACUAAUUCAUAUUCGCCAGCUUUCACACAAGAAACUAACUGGACUGCCGCUGCAUUACACGGCCGCUAGCUCGUCACGCCUCGCUUUCAACCGAAUGCUGGCGGAUCUGGCGGACAAUACGCCGGCAGAUCAAAUGCAAAUUCUAAGCAUCCACCCUGGCUUUGUCCUCACACCUGAGAACAUGACCCAUGGCUAUCACGCCGACAGCCUGGGAACCCCAUUUGAUGAGGCGUCCCUGCCCGGCAACUUCUUUGUCUGGGCUGCUACACAGAAGGCUAAGUUUCUCCACGGGCGUUUUCUGUGGACGAAUUGGGAUGUGGAAGAGCUGAUGAGCAUGAGAGACAAAUUUGAGGCCGACAAGGGCUUCCUUCGACCAGGUUUGCAAGGAGUGGUAUCUCAGGAUUUUCCCAUGCUCAUUGCAGGUAUGGCCCGUGCUGUGUGA